GAGGUGGCAAGUCAUCCUGCCUUGACAAGCCUCUAUGGAAGCGCUCCUUGACGAGUGUCAAAAUAUCGCUGCUUACCCAACGGUAGGGUCCGCCACUUAGCGCUCCAGAUCGCGAGCCUGAGGUGUCAGCCCUGUGCGGGCGUCGUGCGAGGAGAGCAGCCGAGUCCACGCAUUUGCGCCGUCUUCAUCGCCGCCCCACAAGGCGUUCCUGCAUUGAUCAAACUUUAAAUGUGACCGACGGAAUGAAAGCAAUCCUACGCCGCUCGGACCGUAGGCUGGCUCAACGUUGCUCAAUACUCGACGCCGGAGCCUGGCCAUCACGAAAGUCAGGUGCAAAAUUUUGUAUAAGACAGCAUACAAGAGCCGCUCAGCACCUCCGAAGAGGACAUUUCGACUCUCGUUGUUCUGCUGCGCUAAGCUCAACGCUUAUGCUGCCCUCCGAGCUGGUCUCGACAUCAAGCAGCAGCUGCUUCGUGGGCGAAAUCGCUUCCCCUCCUACUUUGGUAUCUUGUUUCUGCCAAAUUUUCAUUGCUGCGUUAAGCUGUGCCGCAACAUGGUCACAUACUACAAGGGCUUCCCGCAAGGGAAGGGCUUGCAAUCAGAAAAUUGCUCAAGAGCAAAGAGAACUACACUCGCCUCAUACGUCGCCCAAGCAUUGCUGCUCUUCAUAGGAACGCUCCUUCUCGUCGGCUCCCUCGUCAUACUUCAGAGCAAUUACGGCCCUUCUGGUACGUCCGACUCUUGUACGGAUAGCACGCUUCUGAGCGUGCGAUCACGUCUGCGAUGCUCCAUCACGAACGUGUCGAAGCUCCGUACAAGAUAUCGUGUGAACCUCAGUCCGUCUUUGGGCUCAAUACCGAGAGGCAUCACAGACCGUGUCAGCUUAGCCACGCGCGCACUGCCUUUCUGCUGCUCAGGAUUCGACCGCAGGACAUCGAAGGCGAGCAGCAAGGUUCACGACGAGGCACACUUUGAGCGCGUCGAAGCCGAAGCCCGCCUGAGGCUCGAACGUGAGAAUCGUCGACUUGCUGAAAUGUACGAGGCGGCGCGCGUGCGCCACCAACAGCCGCGCCACCACCACGGCACGAUAAGGUCAGGCGAUGACACUGACGGCGAAAGGCCGAGUCUGGCAAAGCUCGCAGAGGACCUGCCUGAGAUGUUUGAGGCAGCACCCUUGCGCAAACGAUCUGCAUGCGCAACGGCCAAGACGUGUGCUGUGCAGAGUGCUCCCGCUAGUGCGAAGCCUACCGGCUCUCUCCCGCUCGGUCCGGACCCAACUGAGCCGAUCAGCGCACUCAAUCGAAGGACUUUGGCCCAGCUAGCCAGGAAUGCAAUGAGAAAGCCAAAGCCAUACAUGGCAACGAGGGAUCCCAUACUCCGAGUAUGGAAACCCCUUUCCAGAUUCGGAAGAGGAAUGCGGUCGACGGCAAGCAAAGGUGCUCGCAAAGUUGGAGGAUGGUUCAAGUCCAAUGGUGCCAGGCCGGUGCCAGAGACAGAUGGCAGCUUUCGGGGCCAGAGUCCUCCCAAAAGCAUCGCGUCUGCACCCUCGCCACACCGCCCGUCAACGACACACCCCUACGACAUUGCGAGUAUGAUGCGCGAGCUGCGUGAAGAAGGGAAGAUCGCGCCAUCGGGGUACUCGGGUCGCUGGCCGACCCCUGUCUCUCCAGUCGGCCGUCCAACAAAGACUUCGCGGGAGCUAUUCAAAGAGAAUCCAGUGAGACAUGUCAUUAAGCGGCAAGUCUCGCUAGACCACACUCAGCUGCGCAGACGCGCCGCCCAUUCGUGCGGUGACUGCAACGGAGCUGUCCCGGCCACGGUCAUUGCGCAGCAUUACUUUCUGAAGCGCCGUGCUCAGCCGCUAGCCAGUACAACUACCUUACAAGACGUUUCCACAAAAGCUUGGCGCGUGCUUUCAGAUCCCAUCAGCGUCUCUAAUAGCGCUCAAAGAAUGAGGCAGCUGGGCAGAAGCGAGGAGUCGGCCAAAGCAGCCUGCACGACAGGUUCGUUAGAAGCGGGCAGCCCAAACAAGAAGGGUCUGAGUCGACGCGGCGCGAUAUUCUCUUGUCUCAAUAGACCAGAAAUAGCGCAGCAGGCAUCAAGACGACCUUCGAGCCCAUUGACCUUCCAAUCUUCUCUGUACUCUCCGCGGCCCUCCUCUCUCAGGUCAUCCGCUACUGACAUGCCGGCCAUGGCUAGGUCCCGCUCUGAAGGCUCAGUUGCGAUGCAAGAGGGAAGGUGGUCCGACGACUCAAAAGAAGCUUUUUACACUCCUCCUACUUCUCUCUCUUCGUCGUCCUCCUCUCGCUCCCCAUCGGGCCGAUCAAACGGCAAAGCAAGGGCAAAGACAAAGAAAGCCUCGCCUGUGUGGGUAGACAAGAGGAUCAUCCCGGAGACGCUUAGAAGACAGGCCAGGUGGCGACGCGUGCGCCGGAUUGCUAGAUCCAACACUCUUCCUUGAUACGAAGUCCAAUGUCUCUCUCUCUCUCUGAGUUUCGAAUUCGAAAAACCAUUUAGUGAUAUGAUACGUCUCAGCAAGGAGCGCUUUCGGCCCGAGCUCGCAUGGCGGUGCUUUCCGAGCUUGCUGCAAUUGGUUUCAGCUCCCGCUCAGAAAGUCGUACGACUCCACACGCUAAAAAAAUAGGCAGUAUGGCAUCAGCACGAGUUCCCGCCCUCAGCCAACCAGCCCGAAACUACAAUGGCAGCCAGUCAAGAAACGAAAUGCACUGCGUUGGCCAAGCGGAUCGAUUCUGCAAGGUGCGGCGGAACAUCUGCGCUGUGGGGCCUCAAUGUCCUUGUGCUGCGGAUUGCUUCAAGGCUUCUUUGGUGGUCGUGGAGGUCGCCAAGCCAGGCGGCCUGGCCUCACAAGGUUGGCAGGGGCUUCUGAUGAGCCGCCUUUCUUUAGAAAUUCAAGAUCUCUCGUUCCGUCGGACAAUACGUAUUCCUUCUGAGCUGUCCAGCCCUUGCUGUUCAUAUGCGUCGCGAAUUGGAUGCCCUUUGAGGCUCGGGCCGACGUCGCUGCAGCUGUAUGCUACCAACACGGUCGGAAAGACCGGAAAUUUCACCAAAUUCAGCAAAGCGAAUGCAGAAUCACGACUCUGGUCAGCUACUCACGAGCUCAUGUGGAUCCAAGUGAUCAAAGUGCUUGUCCUUAUAGCUAUUACCAUCCAGUCGUGUCCAGGCUUUUUUGCCCGUCCGAGCGUCCCACACGUGGACAUGCUGGAUUCGACCUGUGCUGUCGAAGAUUUUCGUCUGUAUUUGGUUGCUGGUGUGCGAGGAAGCGCAGAGAAAGCGUUAGGCGGGCAUGCCGGCCCCUCCAUUCACUGCGCGCACAUUGCGCCACGUCUUGCCUCUCUGGUCUUGCGCCUCUGCGCUUGCCACUCCAUUCGACGCCCUACGUCAGCUGCGCAAUACUCACACCUUCACCUGUGAGCCCUUCUUGCGACCCUUGAACAAGAAUGUCAAGGACGCCACUUGUGAUUUCGCAAGGAGCAGCGCCAAAAUUAAGAUGACGCAAAUCCUCUUCAUCGCCAUCCUUCGUCCUCCGCCGACCGAUCCUUGCAGCUGCAGAGCUUCACUUGCCGAAGCACGAGGCGCGAGAUGCCCGAUCACCUUCAAGGUGUUUAUCGCCGUCCUGCGCGCCUGAAACACGUUGGGUCUUGCUGGUUGCUGGGUGACGAGAGGAAAGAGGAGAAAGUGUCAGGCUGGAAUGGAGACGAAACAUGCGUGGCACGACAACCGCCGCGAAUAUGUGGCGUGAUGGCUAUAUACCAGCAUUGCCUCGCCAUCGACACGCUCGUCUUGCUCAGUAACACGGCGGCAAGGCGGUCUGCACAAGUGAAUGUCGCCAAGGCACGAGCGUUCGCGGUGCAUAAGGUGCUGAAAGGCGCUCAUCGCUCGAUCCCCAGCAUCCCGGAGAAAGCCUUGUCGCGCGCGAGACUAACCGCUCUCGAGCACCACAGCACGCCGCUUUCAGCUAAGAAGAAGAAACCAUUGUUGUGUCGACUCACUAUCAGAUCUCAAGUCUGUCGACAAGUAUCAGGUGGAUGCGUAAAUUGGUGAGGGAACAUUCGUAGCUCGAGUGGAUCGCUAGCUAUGUUAUCUUCUGCGCAGCAUCCACGCUUCUUUGGUCCCGCGCAAAGUCCAUACUCGAAUCAAACUCACGACAAGACGCCCAUGCGCGCGGCUGCGCCCGCAACGAGCAAUAACGAACAGCUAGGCUGCUCGUAUUGCGAUUAGCUCUGCCGCAAGCAAUCACAAAUAUGAGUGAAUCAUCGAGCACAAUGGCGACCGCCGAGGUCGGGGCGAAAUAAUGAAUCAGACACCAGUAGGGCGCGCAACGCGCUCCAUCG